CUGUUUCCUGCCCACCCCCCCUCUCUCUCGCUUUUAAAAGAUGUUACAGAAAAAGCAGAACUUCAAACAGACGGCAGGAAGCUCUCAUCCCCGCAGAGCAUCUCCCCCGGCCCAGAGACAGACCUCGCGCAGCCCACAGCUCUCGCCAUGAGUCGGAAAGUAGUCCGCAGCAGUAAGUUCCGCCACGUCUUCGGGCAGCCGGUGAAGGCAGAUCAGUGUUACGAUGACAUUCGCGUGUCGCAGAACACGUGGGACUCCAACUUCUGCGCCGUCAACCCAAAGUUUUUGGCCAUCGUGGUGGAGGCCAGCGGGGGAGGCGCGUUCAUGGUGCUGCCUCUGUCUAAGACGGGCCGUCUGGACAAGUCCCAGCCUUUGGUCUGCGGUCACACGGCGCCGGUGCUGGACGUCGAUUGGUGUCCCCAUAACGAUAACGUCAUCGCCAGCGGCUCCGAGGACUGCAGCGUGAUGGUUUGGGAGAUUCCGGACGGGGGUCUCACUCGCUCCCUCACCGAGCCCAUUGUCACACUGGAGGGCCACACCAAGCGAGUGGGCAUAAUCACCUGGCACCCGACGGCCCAGAACAUUCUGCUCAGCGCAGGCUGCGAUAACCUGAUCCUGAUCUGGGAUGUGGGCACCGGGCAGUCCGUUAUCUCUCUGGACGAGCUGCACGCGGACCUCAUCUACAGCGUGGCCUGGAACCGCGACGGCCGCUUCAUCUGCACCUCCUGCAAGGACAAGAAGAUCCGCGUCGUGGAGCCCCGGGCCGGCAGGGUCGUUGCGGAGAAGGAUAAGCCUCACGAGGGCAGCCGGCCGGUCCGCGCCAUCUUUAUCACCGACGACAAGAUCCUCACCACCGGAUUCAGCCGGAUGAGCGAACGCCAAGUGGCUCUGUGGGACCUGAAAUCCCUGGACGAGCCUCUGACCCUGCAGGAGCUGGAUACCAGCAGCGGCGUCCUCAUCCCCUUCUUCGACCCGGACACCAACAUCGUGUACCUCGGCGGGAAGGGGGAUAGCAGCAUCAAAUACUUCGAAGUGACGGACGAGGCUCCCUACGUCCACUACCUGUCGCAGUACAGCAGCAAGGAGUCCCAGCGGGGGAUGGGCUACAUGCCCAAGCGAGGCUUGGAGGUCAACAAGUGCGAGAUAGCCAGGUUUUACAAACUCCACGAGCGGAAGUGCGAGCCGAUAAUAAUGACGGUGCCCAGGAAGUCCGACCUGUUCCAGGAGGAUCUGUACCCGGACACGGUGGGGCCGGAUCCUGCCCUGACCGCAGAGGAGUGGUUGGAGGGUAAGGACGCCGGGCCCCUGCUCAUCUCGCUGCGGGACGGCUACGUCCCGGCCAAGUCCAGGGAACUCAAGGUCACCAAGAACGUCCUGAACUCCAGAGUCCCCCGACGCGGCCAUCCGUCCGACGGGAAGGGAUGCACGGAUCCCACCACGGAGCAGGUCCUGGAGGAGUUGAAGCAGCUAAAGGCGACGGUCGCUACGCUGGAACUGCGUCUCACCCGUCUGGAGAGCUCGGCGAAUUAGAGCGGGCGGAAUGGGCACCUCCGUGUCCUGCGCGGUAUUUUUAUACAGGCUUUGUGUUAGCGGUGCGACCGUCACCCCCUCGUUAGUUUGGGAAGGAGCUGAAAUUCCCCCCAAUCGAGCCAUCGCUCCUCCUCCCCCAUUGGUCAGAAAUUUGUGGUUUCAGUUCUUGGACACCGCACAGAAGGCGGACCCCCGCGCUGUGAUUCUCGGGGCAGAACCCCCCCGGAACCGACGAGCACCCAGCUCCGCUCUCCCCCGUCACGGGGCUCGGCUACCACCUCUGCCCGCUCCCAGCUCGAUGAGCGCGUGGAAAUAAAGCUUCUGCCGUUAAUAA